AUGAAGAUGUUGAUGUGGAAUUGUAGGGGUUUGGGGAAGACCCUUACAGUUCACAACAUACAAGGGAUCAACAGAUCUCAUUCCCCCGAAGUGAUGUUCUUAUGUGAAACAAAGAACAACUCUUCGUUUGUUACAAGGCAGUGUGAGAGGUUGGGGUUUCCGAACAGUUUUUGUGUGAAUCCUAUAGGAGUUGCUGGAGGUUUGGUGCUAGCAUGGCGGACUGAGGUGCAGAUUAAUGUUAUGGAAUCAGCAAGCUUCUUUAUCCAUUUCAAAGUUCUGGAUACUAGCAGAAACAAAUUUUGGAAUGUGAUUGCAGUGCACCUGCAUAGUGAAGAAAAUCAACGGAGUGGGCAGUUUGAUAGGCUACUCCAAAUUCUCAACUUGGGAGAGGAAUUAUUCUUAGUUCUGGGAGACUUUAAUGCUAUUAUAGCUCAUCAGGAGAAGGAGGGAGGGAGGCCUAAAGCAACUAGUUCUGUUGAAAAGUUUCAGAACUUUCUUGAUGGUGGCAAUUUAAGUGACUUGGGGUAUGAAGGAAUUAAAUACACGUGGAACAACAGACAGUUUGGAGACUCUUUUAUCAGAGAGAGGUUAGAUCGUUGUCUGGUUUCUAACCAUUGGCGGCAGGAUUACCCAACAACAAAAAUUUUGCAUUUGGAGGAUCAGGGGUCAGAUCAUAGACCUAUUCUUUUGGAAUCAGAACUGCAGGGUCGGAGGCCAAAAUGA